AUGGCAACGGAUGCUAACAACGAGGUUUAUCCACUGGCGUUUGCCGUUGUUGAGAGUGACAGCAAGGAGACAUGGGGAUGGUUCUUGGCAUGCCUGAAACGAUAUGUUACGGACCGGACAAAUCUUUGCAUCAUCUCUGACCGACAUUCGGGUAUAAAAGCUUGCUUUGAUGACACAAGGAUGACUUGGUUGCAGCCUCCCCAGGCCCAUCACCGGUAUUGCCUACGCCAUGUAGUUAGCAAUGUGAACACAAAAUGGAAAAUUCCGGAGUUGAAGAACAUGGUAUGGAGGGCCGCAAGCGCGAAUCAAGUUAGAAAGUUUCAGGCCACACUGGAUUUAAUUCGCAAUGUCAAACCGGCUGCACACAGGUAUUUGGAAAAUGAAAACAAAGAAAAGUGGACACUUGCACACGACGGAGGGCGUCGAUACGGAGCAAUGACAACCAACCUAUCGGAGUGUUUUAAUGGAGUACUGAAAGGUGCACGCAGCUUGCCAAUCACGGCAAUGGUGAGGUACACCUUCUUCAAAGUGAACUCCUACUUUGACGCUCGUCGUAAUCUCGCUCUAGAGCAAUUGGAAGCGGGUCAAGAAUGGUGCAAGUAUGCCAUGGACAGGUUCGAAAAAAACCAAGCGAAGGCAAAGGACCAUAUGGUGACACGGAUGUGCACACAAGCACAGUUAUAUCAGGUUGACACACCGGGUAAUCCUCUAAGUAAUGGGGGCGGACAACACACGCACAGGGUUGAUCUUCGGGGUAUGACAUGCACAUGUGGAAAAUGGGAAGCAUACAAGAUGCCGUGUUCACACGUAAUAGCAAUUUGUGCUAAGUAG